UCAGCCUGUCAGCCUGUCAGGACUGUCGGCAGUAAGUUGUUGAGACUUGAGUGGUGAUGACUGACGAGCAGGUUUGUACAGUUGGCCAGUUUGUACGUACCUGAGAUUGAGAAUCUGAGAUGUUGGUAGAGAAGUCUUGCAGGUAGUUCUCCAGUUUGUCUGUGCUGAGUCGCAAACUUUUCGUUUUAUUUUUUACUUUUAUUUCAGUUUUGAAUUUGAAGUAAAAAAGGUAAAGUGUCUGAACUCUGAAUCACUGAAAUCAUACGAGACUUCCAGGUUCCAGUGAGAGGAGAAUGUGCUUUUAAAUUUGCGACAAACAUUUCAUAAAAUUUAUUAGGCAUUCUGGAUUGAGUGGAUUCUGGAUAUCUUGACCCGUUGACCGUGCUAAAGCCUAAAGGCCUAGAGUUAGACUAGAGCCUUCAUCUCUGAACAAUCAAAAUGUCUGAAGAAUGGGAAGUUGUUGGAGCACCCAAGAAGAAACCCAAUGGAUUGCCUAAAGAUGGAAAGCAACUGGAUGGCCAAGCUGAUUCAAAGAAAGGUAGCAAGAACCCUGCGCCAAAAGCGUAUGAUCCAAAAGCAAUUGAAAAAUUCAAGUUGAUUGACAAGAUGGCAGAUGAUGAUGAAAUGCUUUUCAAGGAUGCUGUAGUUACUGCUUCAAAAAGUAGUAAGACCGCUAACAAAAAAAAUGUUCCUGCCAAGCCCAAGACCCUGAAAGAGGCUGUGUCUAAGUUGAAUUUGUCUGAGCUCCAAGGGUUAUGCAAGACAUUGCAAACUCAGUUCAGGUCUGAUCAUCUUGUAUGGCUCAAAGACCUGGCAUCAUUCCUCAAUCUUCGACUCAAUCCUACCACUCCUGUUGACUCGGCAUACAGGCAGGAACCAAGCAGUUCUGCCCCUCUUGACUAUGUCUCUAUACCAAUCAGAGAGUUCCUUGUGCGUGUGGUGCAAGGCUGCUCUGUUACGGUGCUGUCGCAGUUCCAUCGUCACUGCUUCACAUCUAUGUUGCACGAGGCCAUGAGAGGUCUAUCUGUUCAUGGCUUUGCACUAUUUAUUCAGAUAAUCAACAAUGUAAGCAGGGAAGCAAGUGUGACGCAUGCUGAUGACUACAUAGCUCUUCGAGAAAUGUAUGAGACUCAUCCCAGACCUGGACUCACAUACGUUUGGCUGUUGAGCUGCACUAUUGAGACUGCUGUAAAGGCAAAGCAUUUCCAGCCCGCAGUCAAGAUGUGGAUGGAGGGCUUGCUGCCACUGGUGUCCUCCAAGCAGUAUGGUGCGCUCGUUGGUCAGAGUGCCAAAGAUCUUGCCAAGGGCCUGGAAAACUACCAGCUUGCAGCUGCUGGCAAGAAGAGCAGAUCUCCUCCUAGUGACGGCGCUCAGCGUCGGUCCAAGGCUCAGGGAGCUGUGUUGACCAAUUAUCUGCUGACGCUGUUGGAGGUUGCCUUUGCUUCGAGCACUCAGAUUCCUCGCAACAUCAACAAGCAAAUCACAGAACUUUUUGCCAAGAUGAAGGUGGCUUGCUGCACCACUGAAAGCUGCCAGCUCUUCCCAAUGCUGCUGCCCAAACUUGUGCCAUCUUGCUCUCCUGCAAUGGCGCAGCAAAUUGGCAGUGCUUGUGAGCUGUGUCUGCAGAGCAACGAUGAGUGCUGGGAUGUGUGGCUGACGAUGCUGCCUAAGCAAUUCAUGCAGUCCGCCAAGCUCGUCAAGCUUCUUGGCGGGGAGUCGCGUUUCUCUGGCGUCUUUGCAAGCAGCCAAGCAAAAAGCGCCAUCAAUAAAAUCGAGCAGAUUUCCGCUGAUCGUAUGGCGGACAACCCUCAAGCAAGGGAGCUCAACAGGGAGAUCAAACGCAUCCAAGUGGGCGUCGCAGCGGCGGCGAGCCGCCUCAAGAGGCGUGAGGAGGGGCGUGCAGGCGCCCUGCGAGGCCUGGGUAGUAGCGUCCUGAGCGCCUUGUUCUGGGUGGCGCUGCUGCUGGCCGUCGUCGGCUACGCCGCCGUCAGCAUAGACGAGCAUCGCGCCAAGUUCGACUCCACACUUCUCGGCAAGAUGGCUGCCAAGUUCGGCGUGAGCGAGCAAGUUAAAGGCACGGUCCAUGUCUUGGCCGAGCAUUCGACUGCUGUAUACAAGUGGAGUUUGGAGCGCUGGGGCAGUGCAGCUCGCGUAGUCGUUCCUGCGUUCACCACCGCACGACUGCACAUUGCAACCCUUCUCGAUGCAGUGGGCACAAAGUUCCCCACCCUUGCGACGCUGGCGUCGACGCUGAGAGAGAAGCUGCAGGGCGUCUGGGUGGCUGUGUACACCCUCGCCGUCCCUUACGUCCACGCUGCCUAUGACGCCGUCCUUGCUAUGCUUCAGUCUGAUGGCGUGUCGAGAGCCCUUGCUUCUGUCACCAACUUCACCGGCCGCCUUAUGUCGGUCAUGUUUGCUGACAAUACGACCCAGAACACCAAUUAGCUCAGCUGCACGGAAUGUAUCCUUGAUACCAGCCUUUUUCCUGCACUAUUCACAACAUCGGCCCUAUGACAACUAAGCUCUGUGCCUCCUCCACCAAGGAUAGACUACACUGGAUCGACUGUCCUCGAUGCAUUAGGCAUUGAUUGCUCUGGAUCUGUCAGAUAUUGACUACACUGGAUGUGUCAGAUAUUGACUGUACUGGAUGCAUCAGACAUUGAUCGCAGUGGAUCCGUCAGACAUUGACUGCACUGGAUGCAUCAAUGAACGUGGUGCAAGUCUGUGGUGAAUAUGUGACGAGAGAGUAUUGAUACGUGAAUGGAAAUGAGGUGCAGUGGUAGAAACGAAAGUUUAAUAGGAAAUUUAUACUCAGCUUGGAGCGGUGAGAGUAUAACUGUUAUUUUCAAGUAAAAUUGAAAAUUAUCCCACUAAUCCAAAGUAAGUUCCUGUACUUGAAAUCUGCUACGAGUUGUCCUGAGAGAAUACUAGCAUCUCGCAGGCGUCGGGCUGCUAUCUUCACUAAGCCCGAUAGCCAAAUUUAACGCUAGCACUGUUUGUAAAAUCUGUCGAGUAUAGCAUCGUCAUUUUCAGUGAAACAUGUCACGAUCGUCCACUUCUUGUCUGGUGUUAAUUUCGAUGCUGCACACUGUUUUGUUCUCAAUUUUGCUCCCUUCAGCGAAGCCGCCCUUACAUGCGCCAGUGUACGAACAGACGAUUGCCACAAUGCAUUGCUGUUCGACGACUCGCGUUCAUUGCUGUUUGUUUUUAGCGUUCUUCUUGUGUCUUCAGCCGGUGUAGCUCAAAUGCGGCUAAGAUUGUCAUUUUCUCUGGGUUUAAUCAGUAGAUACAUUUUUU